UCCACUUCUAUCACCUCUCUCGAUCGAUCAAUCCAUUAAAAUACAUAAACAUAUAUUCAAUGAUGCCGGUGAGAGGAGGAUACGCCGGAGACACAGCUCGCAAAGUGAGCUUCGAGGCACCGCGAAAGUUCACGACGGUGUUCAAAUCCCAUUUGAAGGAAACGUUCUUCCCGGACGAUCCAUUCUACGACUUCAAGGGGAAGUCAUUGCCGGUGAAGGCUAAGAAAGCUAUACAAUAUUUCGUUCCGAUCUUCCAAUGGCUCCCUAAUUACAAGGCGAAGCUGUUCUUAUAUGACCUUUUAGCCGGAAUCACCAUCGCUAGCCUCGCCAUUCCUCAAGGCAUCAGCUACGCUAAGCUCGCUAACAUUCCCCCUGUCAUCGGUUUAUAUUCGAGUUUUGUUCCUCCUCUAAUCUACGCUGUGUUUGGGAGCUCAAAAUAUCUAGCUGUUGGAACAGUAGCUUCAAGCUCAUUAAUCAUAGCUGCAACCAUAUCAACAAAAGUGAACCCAACGGAAAAUCCACAACUCUAUCUUAAUCUCGUAUUCACUGCUACACUCAUCUCCGGUCUAAUUGAAUUAGUUCUUGGUGUUUUCCGGUUAGGAAUUCUGGUAGAUUUCUUGUCACAUUCUACAAUCACUGGUUUCAUGGGAGGAACAGCAUUAAUCAUCUGCCUUCAUCAAUUAAAAGGCAUUUUUGGUUUGAAGCAUUUUACUCCACAUACUGAUGUUAUAUCUGUUAUUCGUGCAAUCUUCCAGAACAGAAAAGAGAUAAUAUGGGAAAGCACGCUUAUAGGUGCAAUCUUCCUAAUCUUUCUUCAGCUAGCAAGAUUUGUAAAACAAAAGAAACCGAAGCUAUUUUGGGUGUCAGCAAUAGCUCCAAUGUUUGUUGUCAUAAUUGGAUGCGUUUUAGCAUAUGUAUGGCAUGCAGAGAAACAUGGCAUCGCAAUCGUGGGAGAGUUGAAAAAGGGAAUUAAUCCUCCCUCUCUGAAAAAUAUAGAUUUUGAUCGGAAAUAUAUAGCAGCACCUCUUCAAGCAGGAUUUAUAACAGCCUUGGUUGCUCUUGCUGAAGGAAUAGCAAUUGGAAGAAGCUUUGCCAUAUUGCAAAACGAACAAAUCGAUGGUAAUAAAGAAAUGAUAGCUUUUGGCCUCAUGAACAUUGUCGGAUCCCUCACUUCUUGCUAUUUAACUACAGGGCCGUUUUCGAAAACCGCAGUGAAUUACAAUGCGGGGUGUAAAACACAAAUGGCAAAUGUAGUUAUGUCACUAUGCAUGAUGCUAACAUUAUUAUUCUUAGCACCACUCUUUAGUUACACUCCUCUUGUUGCACUUUCGGCUAUUAUCAUGUCUGCAAUGCUUGGUCUUAUUGAAUAUGAUAAAGCUUACCAUCUUUUUAAAACCGAUAAAUUUGAUUUCAUCAUUUGCAUGGCUGCUUUCCUUGGUGUCGCCUUCAUUAGCAUGGAUGUUGGCCUAAUGUUAUCGGUGGGAUUGGCAUUGGUGAGAGCACUUUUGUAUAUAGCUAGACCGACAAGUUCUAAGCUUUGUAACAUACUAGAUACCAGUUUAUAUCGUGAUGUAGAACAAUAUCCUGGUGCCACUGACAUUGCUAAGACUGUAAUUGUACAAAUUGGUUCUCCAAUAUACUUUGCGAAUGCGGGUUACAUGAGGGAAAGGGUUUUGAGAUGUGUUAGAGAUGAAAAGGCUAACCGACUUCAAGGAGAUGAUGUUGAGUACGUUUUAUUAGACUUAGGAGGAGUUUCAUCGAUUGAUAUGACGGGGGUUGAAACCCUAGUUGAAAUUCGCAAAACUCUAGAAGCCAAAUAUAUAAAGGUUGUCUUAGUAAAUCCGAGACUUGAAGUGAUGGAAAAGUUAAUUGUGACAAAUUUUAUAGAAAAAAUCGGGAAAGAACGUGUGUAUCUAUCAAUCGAAGAUGCAAUCGAAGGAUGCAAAUUUUCAUUAUCACAUGAAAGAUAUUUGUAGCAAAGAAGUUGAUGAUGAAAAAGAAAGUCUUUGAUUUAUUUGUAGUGCAGGAAUUAGCUGAAAAGAACA